CAUUGAGCGGUUUGUGGAGGAGAGCAGAGAAAUCAGGAGGUCCAGUUGUCGCAACCAAAACAGGAACAUUUGUUUCGUAAAGAUGCAGAUUUUUGUGAAGACCUUGACUGGCAAGACCAUCACCCUUGAGGUGGAGCCAAGUGACACUAUUGAAAAUGUCAAGGCCAAGAUCCAGGACAAAGAAGGCAUUCCCCCAGACCAGCAAAGGCUGAUCUUUGCUGGGAAGCAGCUGGAAGAUGGCCGUACCCUCUCUGACUACAACAUUCAAAAGGAGUCCACCCUCCACCUUGUCCUGCGUCUGAGAGGUGGUAUGCAGAUCUUUGUGAAGACCCUCACUGGCAAGACCAUCACCCUUGAGGUGGAGCCAAGCGACACCAUAGAGAAUGUCAAGGCCAAGAUCCAGGACAAAGAAGGCAUUCCCCCAGACCAGCAAAGGCUGAUCUUUGCUGGGAAGCAGCUGGAAGAUGGCCGUACCCUCUCUGACUACAACAUCCAGAAGGAGUCCACCCUCCACCUUGUCCUGCGUCUGAGAGGUGGUAUGCAGAUCUUUGUGAAGACCCUCACUGGCAAGACCAUCACCCUUGAGGUGGAGCCAAGCGACACCAUAGAGAAUGUCAAGGCCAAGAUCCAGGACAAAGAAGGCAUUCCCCCAGACCAGCAAAGGCUGAUCUUUGCUGGGAAGCAGCUGGAAGAUGGCCGUACCCUCUCUGACUACAACAUCCAGAAGGAAUCCACCCUCCACCUUGUCCUGCGUCUGCGUGGGGGUGUGUAAUUAUCCUAGUCAUUAGCUGUAUUGUUCUUAAAGAUGUCUUAAACCAUGACCAAUACCUCGUUCCUUUCCCUGUUCAAUAAAGUUCAAGCAUUCCUCAUUUA